GUGCUAGUUGGAUUUUCUUAUUUCAGUUGUAAACACUUGUUGCGUGCGAAAAGCAAAACAUUCCGGCUGGCGAAUUUCCAUUAUGAUGUCACCACAUCUCCUGCUGGUCAUCCUGGCGCUGGGCUACGCACCCACCACCCGCGGCUGGUCGGCCCACUUCCGACCCGCCGCCCUGAAGCUCCACAUGGCUGGCGAGGAUCGGGUGCAGUUGACUUUGGAGCUACCAAAGGCUAACUUCUCCACGCUGCAGCAGCCGGAUCGCUUUCAGUUUCGGUUAGAAUCUACGGACGCCUUGCUGGCCAGUGUGCCCGGCGAGAAUUCCACCAUUCCACUGGACGCCUUCAAUCCCCAGACGCGCGAUUGGACGGGUGACAUAGUGGUCCAUGGUCACUUCCUCGGCCAGACCAAAAUCCAAGUGAGACUCCAUGACAUCCAGCUGAACCAGAGUGAACUGCCCACCGAGUGGAGCAACGACAGCUCGCUGGAGGUGAAGAUCAUGCGGCCAAAUCGGGUGGUGGACCAUGUCUUCCUGGGCUCCAUCAUCCUGCUGAUGUCGCUGCUGUACAUUAACUUUGGAGCCGCCCUGAAUCUGGAGGUUCUCCGGGGUCUGAUCACCCGGCCGACGGCUCCUUGUUUGGGUUUCAUCACCCAGGUGGUGGGCAUGCCCCUAAUUAGCUACGCCCUGGGGGUCUUCAUCUUCCCGGAGGCUCCAGCCAUGCAGUUGGGCUUGUUCUUCACUGGAAUCUCGCCCAGCGGUGGGGCUUCGAACACCUGGACCGCCGUGCUGGGCGGAAAUAUCCAUCUAUCCGUGCUAAUGACCACCGUCUGCAAUGUGGCCGCCUUUGCCACCAUGCCGCUUUGGGUGACCACGCUGGGCCAGCUGAUCUUCGAGAGGGCGGGCAUACAGGUGCCCUAUCGCAAGAUAGCCACCUAUUGCGGCAGCUUGAUCUUUCCGCUGCUGGUCGGACUGCUCGUCCAGCGGCGACUGCCAAGGAUCGCCGCCUUCCUGGUCCGCCUGCUCAAGCCCAUCUCCGCCUGCUUGAUCCUCUUCAUCGUCGUCUUUGCCAUCAUCACCAACUAUUACCUGUUCUACUUGUUCUCCUGGCAGAUUAUCAUAGCUGGCAUGGCUCUGCCGGGUCUGGGCUACAUCAUCGCCUUUCUGGCGGCCAAGUUGCUCCAUCAGAACGCCGCCGACGCCCUGACCAUCGCCAUUGAGACCGGCAUCCAGAACACGGGCAUCGCCAUCUUCCUGCUCACAACGACGCUGGAAUCGCCGGAGGCGGACCUCACCACAGUGGUGCCGGUUUCGGUGGCUAUAAUGACGCCGUUACCACUGCUGGGCAUCUAUCUCUACAAGCGAUGCACUGCAUCCAAAAGGAACGAAGUCUCCGUGGCCGAAGCGGAGCGAAUUGUUUGAGAUGAUCGGAGAGGCAGAGCUUGAAAAAUAACGACCCUUUGCUAUUCGUCGAUAUUUU